AUGAACCGCGACAUUGCUACGCUAUGCAAAAAUUGCCUUGACUGUCAGCAGUCGAAGAUUUCCAGGCACGUCAAAUUCAUAUCUAACAAGAUAAUUGCUCCUGAUGGUCGUUUUGACCAUCUCCACAUCGACAUUAUAGGACCCUUAACGGUCUACAACGAAUACAGGUAUUGUCUCACGAUCAUCAAUCGCAUUUCGCGAUCGGCUGGAGCAAUUCUAAUGAAGGACAUUACAGCUCAAACCGUAACUAGAGCCUUCUAUGACAAUUGGGUUGCUCGAUACGGGUGUCCAAAAAUUUUAUCAACGAAUCAGGGUUCGCAGUUUGAAUCUCGUUUAUUUACUGUACAAUUGGAUCUAUUAGGCUGUAAACGUAUCCGUACCACCGUCUAUCAUCCUGCAGCUAACGGUCUAUUCGAACUAUGGCACAGAUCUCUCAAGUCUGCCAUAAUGUGUCACUCUGACAUGGAUUGGACCAGAGUACUUUCAACAGUACUUUUAGGAUUACGUACUCAUGUUCGUCUAGAUACCGGUGCCUCACCAGCCAAAGUCUUGUACGGUACGACUCUCGGAAUUCCGGGACAAUUUUUUGUACAAGAAGACUUUUUUCCCGAACCAAAUAUAUUUUUGCAAAUAUUUCACGAAUUUAUGAGAGAAGUAAAACCAGUGCUUACGUUAAUCCUAUUUCUAAGAAUGUACCUGAUUGCGAAGGUAACUUUUAGUACUGAUGUAAAGCCUGGAUAA